AUGAAGAGCACCCUGUAUGUGGUGAAGAAUUUUUCUGAAGGUGGAUUUGAGCAUUGGCGUGUAUUCCGCAGCAUGCACUCAGCUCUUCGGAAUUCUGGGAAUGCGGGGCCGGCGCUGGUCGUCGGCCGCGUCUCCUGGGGCCAGUCCCGGUUUUUCCCCAGAGGUGGCCGCCUCGAGACAGCAUCUGUCAACGCUCCUCCUCCUCAGGCUGGGCCGGGCUCCGCCGGCGGCGGCCGGCGAAACGCGGGACCCGGCGUGGCGAGCUCAUCAGCUGUCAGGCAAGCGGCGAAGAGGCUGGAGGGUGGCGAGGGACACACAAAGAACACAGUGAGCGGCGGCGAGAGGGGGCGGCAAAUUCGGGACCGUAACUCCUCGCCGCGCCCGCUCGCGCCACAGCUGCCUGGGGUCGGACCAAGGCGACAUAGACAAUGCAGCGGGGCUCCGGCCCCUCGCCGCACGCCUCGGAGUGCGGGGCUCCCGCGCUCCUCCGGCCCUAACUUGGUAGUCGCCCGGCUCGCCCGCCCCCUCCCGGCUCGGCCCGGCCCGGCCCGGCCCCCGCCGGGGAAAAGGGCGCCCCCUCACUCCUGCGGCCGGGGAAGGAAGUCGGUCCGCGGCCGCAGAGCCGGACAACUUGCGAGCCUGGAAAAGUUUUUGGCGCCUCGGCGGGGCGGUGCGGCCCGCCCUUCGCGUCCGCGGUCACCGCCGGUGACUUUGUCGACUCGUCGUCAGCCGGGCCCGCCCCGAGGCCUCCGGUGACUACGGGCUGGGCCGGAGUCCGUCCGGGGGCUCCCGCGCCCCAGGCCGAGGCCCUGGAGAGUUGCAGCAGAAGAGGAAAAAGAAAGGAAUACAACAACGCAGGAGAUGCUCUGGAUAUAAUAGAGGAUGAACUCAUAAGACAUUGAAGUAUUCCUUCUACUCCCACACACAAAGGACAACCAUUGAAUCCAGUUGGAAUUGCAGAUGUUCAAUUUCUAUAGGGCUGAGCCCUGAAAUGGGGAAGCCAAAUGAAGAAGCAAAAGGGCAUACAAAUAUUGGAAGCCAUCCAUUUAGAAGAUCACAACAAACAAAAAGGCACACAAAGAUUGGGACCUGUCCAUUUAGAGAGUCACAAGACAUUUUUAAAAUUGUAAAAUUAAUAUAAUACAAUAAAAGAGGAUAUUAUAGAUCAGAGGACAGUAAUUUUAGCACCCAACCAACCUCUCACACACUAGAGCGGCUUCCUUAAAGUACCUGGGACUAGCUGGGGCCUGCAGUACUGGAUAGGAACCCACCUGGGUCCUAUACCCUAUUUCUCUCCUUUAGGAUGCUCUCCUAUACUCCACAACCCACCAUCUGCACCUAGGGUCAACCAGAUGCCCUAAGACGCUCUAAGACUUAUAUCUAGGUCCCAGUUCCAGGAGGCAUACUGCUCUUGCUGACUGGCACAAUUUUUUUUUGUAGGAUUGUAUGAGAAUGGGCUUCCGGAAGGGUGUUAACACACUGAUUUGCCAGCCCCGCUGUGCUAGUUUGAAUGUAUUAUGUACCCCAAAAUGCCAUUAUCUUUGAUGUAAUCUUGUGUGGGCAGACUUAUCAGUGUUAAUUGGAUUGUAAUU